UUGUUGCAUUCUGUCGGCGGAAAGCAGGUCGGCAAACUAUAGUUUACGCAAAAAAAGGGAAACUUACAGUACAAUAUAAGCUGCUCUGAAUAUUGCAAUCGGCACCUUGUAGAUAUGACAAAUAUCCUACAAUUGCUGAUUCUAUUUUACUGUCAUAUGAUACAAGUUAUAGGUGUUUUGAAAUGGACAGUUGUUGGAAAGGUUACAGACUAUGGACAAAAUGUGACAUUAUUUUGCCAUGUUCCAAACUGCUGUCCAGAAGAUUCAGGAUGGGAUAGGUGGACUCCAGAACAACGCACACUGUUUAUAGAUGUAAAGACAGGAAGACCUAACAAAAAGUAUGAUGGACGGAUUUUCAAGAAUGGAUAUACAUUAAUUAUACAAAACCUAACUAAAGAUGAUCUUAAUGUUUCAUAUUCAUGUUUGUAUGGCGUAACGUUAGGUGACAGAAAAUUUCUACUAGAAGAAGAUGUUUUCACAUAUACAGGUUUUGCAAGUAGAUUUUCCGAAGGUGAAAUUGCUGGUAUUAUAGUUGGAGUUCUAGUGGUAGUGACAAUUGGUUGUUUUACAGGUAUACUUUCGGAAACACAUAAAUUACAGCCAUGGAGUUGCUAAAGAAUAUGGAGUGGUGAAUUCUGACGAUCCUGAGGUCGAGGCAUUGUCGAGACCUGAUUGUGUACCUCCUGUUCUAAGUGAUGGAAGAAGAGGAUCGGCUUAUAGUGAGUUGACGUCUGAAGUUCCUGCGGUCGGGGCAGAGUCGGAACCUGAUUGUGUACCUCCUGCUGAACGAAAAGGAUCUGCUUAUAAUAACGAGACGUCUAACGAUCAUAAGGACAAGGCAAUGUCGGAAGCUGCUCGUAAAAUUCCAAGAGAAAAUGAUAGAAAAAGGUUUAUGAAGGCAAUCCAAUCUGGAAAUGAGGUCAGAAAAUAUGUGAGAAUUCAGGUUAUUGGAAAAGAAGGUGUUGGAAAAACAAGUCUUGUACGUAGAUUACUGAAUCAAGAUCUUAAGGGUGUAGAGAGCACUGAUGGAAUUGACAUUAAUAGAAUUUGUCAUAUUAAAGAAAAUGAUGGUACAUGGAUGUUUGAUAAUGAUGAAACAGAAAUGGAGAAAAUUGUAAGGAGGAUACUGCAUGCAGUUGAACUAACAGAAACAGAAAACCAUCCAGAGUAUGAUGAACGACGUUUCGCUGAGCAUAAUUUGUUUAGAACCAAUGACACUAAAACACUGAAUCCUUUUGAAGAUCAAAUAAAGCUUGCAGAAGUCGACGAAAAUAGAGAUCAUCCAUCUAAUCGGCUCACAGAUGAAGCAGAAACAUUAGAUAGAAAUGAGACAGUCAGGAUAAAUGAUAAUGAUCCAGUGAAAAUAUCUAUAACAAACAUCCCAGGUACUUCAAACAACAACCCUGACGACAACCAAUUACAUGUAGUAAACACUAUAAAUUCAUAUGCAGACAAACCAAUGACAAAUACAUAUACAAAUAACGAUUCUGACCAGAUAACCGAAGCAAUGGUUAAUAAAAUGGAUGAGAUUACAUUUUAUCUAAAAAAUAAAAAAGAAACUAUGACAGACGAAGGUUUGAUAGAAUGUGGAAUAUGGGAUUUUGCUGGCCAAAAGGAGUACUAUGCCACACACCAGACAUUCCUUACUCCCCAUGCAAUCUAUCUUCUUGUUGCAGAUAUUACAGACGAUAUAAAAAAAGUUCAGUAUGAUGAUCAGUUUAAUUUUGAUUCUAGUGGAGAUUACAUUGACUUUUGGUUGGACAGUAUUCACUGUUAUUGUGAAGAUAUCAAAAAUAGUAUAGCUAACGAAAAAUACCCAUCUGUAAUCAUGGUUUGCGCUGGUAUUGACAAGCUUAAGGUUUCAGAUGAAGAUCUAAAGAUUAAGAAAAAUGAAUAUCAAAAACAAUUUCUUGAUAUAUUUGGAUGUCAAGAAAAGGGCAGCCACAUACGAGGCAUGAUUAACUUUAUUUCUAAUAUAAAUUCACCUGAAGAGGAUUUUACAAAUUUGAGGGAUCAAAUUUCAGAUAUUGCAAAGGAAAUGCGGUAUUUUGCUGAGGAACUUCCUACAAAGUGGAUCCAACUAGAAAAUACACUUGCAAUAUUGAAAGAUUUGAAGAAAAGGGGAAAAAUGGGUUAUUGUGAAAAAUUGGAGAAUAUUGAGAAAUUAGCUAAGGCGAUAUUGAUAGAAAAAGACGAAUUGCUUAUUUUCCUGAAAUUCCAGCAUAAAAUUGGGAACAUUAUUUUUUUUGAUGAUAAAAAGGAUUAUAUCAUUCUACAACCAAAUUGGUUAGUUGACUGUUUCAGAUGCCUAAUAUGUGAUAAUGCAAAGAAAUCCUGUACCGCGACUGAAUUGUACAACCUAAACUAUAGAGGAAUAUUAUCAGAUCAUUUGAUUGAUAAGUUAUUUAGUAAAGUGCCUGAAUUAAUGUUUGGACAACACAAAACACAUAUACUUGAAGUCAUGGAAAAAUUUGACAUAGUAGUAAAACCAAAAUCUAUGAAUGAAUACUAUAUACCAUGUAUGAUUACAGAAGUAUCGUCUUUAGAAAACAUUAAGGCAGCAUUUAAAGUCGGAAAUCAACUUUGUACACCUUGGUUGGUACUUGCAUUCAAAUUUCUUCCAAUUGCUUAUUAUAAUCACAUUUUGUUCAUGUACAUUAGAGAAAAAAAAGUCUGUAAAGAAAUGUCAGAUACAAGAAAAGGACGUCCAGCUAUAUAUGCAGGAAAAGCAGUUGUAUAUCUAGAUACAACCAAACAAAGUAAGUUAGUCAUUUGUUUUUCAAGGAACGCUAUAUCACUGCAGAUAUGGAACAAUUAUGAUAUGGGCGACAAUACAUAUCGAAAAAUUGUAGCAGAGCUUUGCAAUAAAAUUGAAGAUUUAGAGACAAAAGUAGGCCAUAAAUUACAGUACAAAAUAAAAUCAAAAUGCAGAACUGGAGAUUAUUCUAACAGUGUCGGCAGAAUCAGCCAUGGAGAUCUUAAUACACUAUGUGUAGGAGGACAAUACUAUUGUGAAGAACAUGAAUGUAUGCACAACAAGGAAGACAUAGAGAACAUCUGGUCUAGACAUAAUGUUGAUACUGUUAAUUCAGAUCACAACACCUCUAGUGAAGCUGCCGACGUUCAAGAGGAACAAGCUAAUUCUCUAGAAUUUGCAGUUUUACCAGACCAGCCUAUUGAGAUCAAGGAUACUAUUAAUUCAGUUCACAACACCUCUGGUGAAGCUGCCGACGUUCAAGAGGAACAAGCUAAUUCUCCAGAAAUUGCAAGUUUACCAGACCUGCCUAUUGAGAUCAAGGAUACUAUUAAUUUAGUUCACAACACCUCUGACGAAGCUGCCGACGUUCAAGAGGAACAAGCUAAUUCUCCAGAAAUUUCAAUUUUACCAGACCAGCCUAUUGAGAUCAAGGAAUCUACAGCUGAGUAUAAAGAUGAAAUAGCUUCUGAAAUUAAAUCAAUUAAUUCACCCCAAGAAAUUGUCACAGAACCAAAUCAUCCUGAGAUUGAGGGGGAUUCACUUGAUGCGAGAUGCAAUACUCAAGGUGCAGCAAAAAACAGCAAUACCGAACAGAUCACUGCCCAAGUGGUUGUAAGUACUGACCUUCAACAAAAGCUUCCGCGGUAUUCUCAAUAUGAAAGCAUGGAAAAAAGAUUGAAAUCAUUCAAAAGUUGGACAAGUACUAUAAAGCAAACACCUGAAGAUUUGGCUAUGGCUGGAUUUUUCUAUUCAGAAAUAUACCAAACUGCAUUACGACCUGGGAUUCAGUAAGAAGAUCAAGAAUAGUUGAGACAGGUCGAGACAGGUCAAGACUGAUCGAGACUGUUCGAGACUGUUCGACACUUGCCAAGACAGGUCGAGACUAGUCGAGACAGGUCGUGACUGGUCGAGCCUUGGUCGAGACUAUUUCAGACUACACCAAGAUCAUGAAAUGCUGAAUUAGACUUAAUAAGUAAAGUCGAGACCAAAGUCGAGUACAGUCAAGUACAGUUAAGUACUGUCGAGAUAAUGUCGAGACUAGUCGAGUAAAAUCUGUGCUCGAUUUUACUGGACGAGCACAAAAUAUGGUCUUUUCAGACUCUUGGCAGUCUGUAGUGUAAUGAACGAAAAACAGCAAAACAGAAAAAAAAUGACAAUUCAUGAAUUACAGGUUCCUGACUUUGGACAGACAUCCUUCCAUAACGUGGUGUAACAGUACAACAAAACAACAAACUUUAAAAAAAACAGUUGACAAAUGCAUAUUUUAAGGUUUUUCUUUUCUCAGAACACACCGAGAAGUGUCAGGAUUGAACAAACGAAAGACAUACUGGUCGUAGGGAGGUCUUUGUGAGGGCUUUCCUGACACCCAAUGUGUGUUAUAAGAUACGAAAAACCACAAUAUAUGUAUAAACAAUACCGUAAAAACAAUUUAAAAUAAGUAAAUUUUGCAGGAUUUGUAUCCUAUUUUACAAACGACAUUACAGUGGGAUAUUCUUUUUAUUUCUAAGUGGUAGGUUUUUAUACGCCCUUCGGAUCAAUUACUAGUAUAUCGUGAUAAAAACUACCUCAUAAAUUAAUCUAGAUAUAGAUUGAAAUUAUCGCUGUCCAUUUACAAUACAAAUAUUAGUUACAUUGCAUGAAGCAAGACACAAAUGAAUUUUUAUGGUGUAUGAAAAAUACAAUAAUAUGUUUUUUCUCUUAUUUCUUGAUAGUUUUACUGCGAAAAAGACGAUUAUUUAUUCUACUAUUCAAAAUAAGUGUUUUCUCUCUUUUAUUUGGAAGUAGCACUUUCAGGAUGAAAUAUUAUAACCAUCUCCCAUUAUAAAGUACGUGAAUUUUAUCUUCUAGGAAAUUAGAAUAUUUGGUCAUCUGAUAGAGUAAAUGAUAUAAUUUUAUAAAAAUGUAAAAAAAAAAAAAAAAAAAAAAAGAGAACAAUAACAAAAAAUGUACAUAAUUAAAGUUUGUAGCACGAAAAACAUCGAAGUACGAUAUCCAAAACAGUUUGAAUCGAUAAGAUUGUGUCCUUUUGUAUUUUAACAAUCCUACUCACAAAAUGUGAUAACCUUUGGCUUGUUUUAAAUUUAGCGCAGCGAUAAAUUAAGAAAACUUCGCAUUAUUUUUUAGAAAGUUGAAUGCAAGUUAACGACGUUUUUUCGUAUAUCAGUCUAGUAAACGGAAGAAAUAAUUGUUUCUUCCUUAAACCUAUUUAAGAUGGCAAAUUGAUAAGUAAACCGCCAUUUGCUACAUGUGCAAAGAACACGCGAUUACUGUAAAAUGAAUUACAUGUUUUAGUUAACUGUUGUUUGUAUUUUAAUAAAGGAAAAUAAUUACCUUGCACGGAUCACUAUUUAUGUUUUGAAGCAAAGUUCAAUACAACUUUGUAUCGUCCGAGUUUUUUCUUCAAAAGAAACCAUAUCGUUCAUAAGGAAAUUAAUUCCAUAUAGGUAUAUAAGGAAUACUUCAGCCCUCUCCAAAUUCAUCGUCGAUAAAAAAAAAUGUUUAUCAAACUAAGGUUCCAGCUCUCUCAAGCAAAAGCAACCUUAGAUAAAUUUGACUUUUCUUUUCAUAUCCCUUUUUGUAUUUUUGUUCCUAGUAUAUGUACGUAUGUUUACAUCCCUGGCUUUCAAAUGUUAACGUUAGAGCGUUCCUGGUGAGGGUAUAUCGGGAAAGUCGCGUCCGGGCUCACACAAUUUAUAAUUAAAGUUAUUAUUGUCAUUUAUAGACUGAGAGAUGUGUGAGUCUAUUUUGCAGCCAGUGUGUUUUUAGAGAUGAAUAUGAUCGGUUCUGAUCUAGCAGAAAAGGUUCUUAAAAUCUUCUUCAUGACAUCACAUAAUGUUGCAACGGUCAAAGUGUGACAUUGUACCUUAGCUACAAACAAAUGUAAGUUUGUAGUUUGUAUACCAAUUAACGAAAGUCUAGAUAAAAUUAUAUACCUUUUUGGUAGAUUUGCAGAGCCUCAUAAGAAUCAAAUUUAUUUUUCUCUUUAGUCCGUAGAUGUUGUUUACGUACAAUACUAUUGAUAUUUACUUAUGCUUUGACUACGAAUUUAUUAUUUAU